UGAAGCCUCUGAAGGCACAGCGGCCGCCUCAAAAUUCCAAAGUCAAUGUUGCCAAUUCUCUGUUGUUUCACCAAGCCCUGGCUCGUGAGCUGUCUGCAGGAUGGACACGGCAGCUAGAGGACGGACCCGGAAGAGCUUCUGCUACAUGGUCAGGGCCCCCGGCAGCGAGGGGUUUGAUGUCAUGAACGUGUACCUGAAGAUCGACACGGCCUGGUUGUUCCAGGAUGCAGAUGAUGCUGGGGAGAAGCAGGGGAAUCUUCUGGAAGGAGUGGCCAGAGCCCCCGGCAAGGACACCGGGAUGCUUAGGGGGCAGGUGGAGUCCUCAGAGCAGAAGCUGCCGGCUGCCGUGGACGAGUUCACGGUGUCCGAGUCUGGGCUGAGAAGCAGGAUUCAGGAGCUGGAGCUGUCUGAGCAGAGACUCCUGCGGAAGGUGGACCAGCUGAACGCCCAGGUGGCCCAGGAGAGGAGCGCCUCCCUGCAGGCACAGAGGCAGCUGGAGGUACUGCAGGGACAGCUGGCCAGCCAGGUACUGUCCCCCACAGUAAAGAAAAGACCAAAAUGGCGCGUGGCCGGGCGGCUGCGGGAGCGACUGAGGCUCCGGGACCAGGCCCUGGGCCGGCAGGCGGCGGCCCUGGAGCGCAGCCGGCGGGCGCAGCGGCGCCAGCUGGGCCUGGCUCGCGAGCAGGAAAGCGAGCUGCGGGCUCAGGUGCGUCAGCUGGAGCGCGAUGUGCGGCGCCUCUGCAACGCCACCAGCCGCCUGCUGACCGAGCUGGACGCCGCGGCCCGGCCCGGACCCCAGGGCCGGGCUGUAGAGGCCGCGGAGGACGCAGCGGCGCGCAGGCGGCGAGGGGAGCGCGCCACCGAGCCCCGGCUCGGUGCGCAGCUGGACGAGCUUCGCUGCUGCGUUUAUGAACUGAAGCUGUCGGAGAUCCGCCUGCAGGGCCAGGUUGAGGACCUCACCGAGCAGAAUCGGAGCCUGCAGGUGGAGCUGGGCGCCAAGGCCCCAGUGGAGAAAGCUCACGGGAUGGUCCCUGCUGGUCACUGCAGUCUGCAUCAUCACCAUCUAAUCUUCAUCCUCAUCCCCACCACCAUCACUGUCAUCACCAUCACCAUUGUCAGCAUCAUCACCAUCUUCAUUUCUACCAUCUUUGUCAUCAUCACCAUCUUCAUCCUCAUCACCAUCACCACCAUCACUAUCAUCUUCAUCACCUUCACCUUCAUCACCAUUCCUGGGCUGGAGCUCACCUACACAGCACCUGGCACCUGGUGGGAGCUAAGCACCCUGGGCUGCAUUCAGGAUGAAUUUCUGCCCCUGCCGAGGGAGGAGGCACCAGAUCCCAGCAGAGGCCGAAGCCAGCAAUCCCCACUGUGGUCAGAUGGAGCCGGUGGACAGGGGGCCUCUACAGGCCAGCUUGCUGAGGGACCCUGUGCCUGGGGCUGUGCUGGGGCUGGACGAGGCCCUCCAGUUUUGGUGCCAGGACCGGAGACCAUGGAUGCGCUCCUGGGAGACCUCACAGGGUCUGACCGUGAGCAGCUGGAUCUGGCUUUGCUCCCCCUGGAUGAACAGACCCUCCUCUUGGUCUGCUGCUGCCCCCCCAGGCAGUGUGUGGAUGGAUCACUCCUGCCUGUGGACCUGCCCCAGCCUUCAGAGCAGAUCUCAGCAGCCACCUUAGCCCAGGGGCCCUUCCUCCUGGUGCAGACAUCCUCUUUCCCUGUCUGUUGGUCUGCCGGGGACCUGAAUCCUCUGCCCCUGCUGCUGCUCCCGGACACUUCCCCAGAAACAUCCCAAAUCCAAGAGGUGCUGGACACCAGGCCCCCACUUGCUCCUGAAGCCGCAGGACACCCAGGCAGGCCUUACCAUCAGGCAUGGGGCCAUGGUGCCUUCCACCAGGAGUCCCCUCGAAUUUCAAAUCCCCAAUGUCCAGGGAAAGGGCCCGAGAGUCUAAAGGAGACCUUAACCGAGGGAGAAGGAGCACCAGGGUGGGGCGUGGAGCAGUGGGAGGCUAAGAGGACUCUGGACGGCCCCAGGGGCGAGUGCCCAUGGCGUCAGGAUGCUUCUGGAACCCAGGCCUCUUCCCAGGGCCCUUGGCUGGAGCCACCUAGGCAGAGGGAAGCCUCAGGGCCAGAGGGGAACCCUGAGUCCCUCAGUGGGAGAGGAGGGGUGCAGGUACAGUUCUGGAGCCACCUUGGGGGGCUCUGGUCAAAGAGGGAGGAGGUCCCCCCAACCACCCUCACAGGGGCUCAUGGGACUGAAGGGCCAUCCCUACCAGGUGGUCAGCUCUGGACAGAGAAAGGCAGAGCUGGUGGGAGAGGAGGGAAGGACAAGGAGGAGAAACAUCCUCAGUUUGGAAGUGCUGAGCUUCUUUGGGAAGAAAGCCCAGGGGAGGAAGGGCCAGGAGAGGAGCAGAAGGGGGGGUUGCAUCAAGAGUGUGCCAGCCUGGGUCUCAGGGAUACCCUGGAGAAGCUGGACGCUGAGCGUUGUCACGGCAGAGACUUGCUCUUCUUGGCAGAGGAGAAAUGUUGGCCUGGAUCUACCCGGUUGCCCUGGCCAGCUGAGGGGGGUGACCCUGCACUUGGUGGUCCCUGGGCUCCAGGUGCAGACUGCAGCCAGUAUGGGUGCAUGAUAGACACAUUUGAGGAGGAGAUGGUGGCGUGCUUCCAGCAGCUCCCCUCCCUGCAGCUGGGGAGCCGGGGUCCCAGAAGGGAGAAGUCCAUGCUGGCUGGAGAAAACCGGAGCUUGGCCUGCAAGUGGCCCAGCCGGGUGGAUGAGACUAACACUCUGGAAGGUUCUGCAAACCGUGCUGUGGAUGUUUGUUCUGCCCAGGAAGCAACACUCACGGAAACAGGGGAGGCGCCUGUGCUAGGAGCCACCGGGGCCCCAGGGGCGCCUCCAGGGCAGGUGCCGGGACUGGAUGGCAGGAGCCCGGGUGGGAACCAGUUCUCAGGAGCCCUGGAGCAAGUGAGAAGACAGUGUAGCCAGCUCAUUGCCCGACUGAAGAAGGAGAGAAGUGUGGUUCUACUUGACUACGCCCGGCUUCGCGGAGAUCAGGAGGGGAGCCACAGGAAGGUGCGAGCCCUUGAACGCGAGCGGGAAAGGCGGGAGCGGAGGGUCUCUGCGCUGGAGCAGGACAACCACAGGCUGUCAGAGGAUGUGUCUCACUUGCAGAUCGAGGUGGACCAGUACCUGCAGCUCAUUUCUGACCUCGAGGACUGCAAUGGGAAGAGCUACCGCAGAAUCUCUGAGCUGGAAAGCGAGAAGGAGGCCCUCCAGGGGAAGCUGGGCCAGACGCGGAGGGCGAUGUCCAAGAGCGCGCGGAGGGCCGAGGGCGUGCUGGAGCGUGCCACGCGGGAGAACACGGAGCUCUGGGCGCUGGUUUCGGAGCUUGGAGUGGGCUACCAGGGGCUGAUCCAGGACAUCGUGCUGGGGACGGAAGAUGUGAUGCUAGGCCUCCGGCGGGAGAACACGCGGCUGCUCUGCAGAGUCCUAGCCUUGGAGCAGGGGGCCACACCGGGGAUGCGCCCGGACACCGGUCCUGUGAAGAGGGGAGGGCAGGGGGGCCAGCCGGGCACUGUGGACAAGGCUAUCCAGGUGGCUCAGCUGACCGGGCAGCGGCUUGCCAGGGUCGGAGGGCUGUCCUGGGAGGAGGGCAUGGGUCAGAUGGGAGGGCAGGGGGACCCUUCCUCAGGUGCAGAGAGUCUGAGACGAGGUGCCAACUCUCCUAGUCUGUCCUUGGCCUGGGGAAAUGCCAGGGCUACUUGUGUCCUUGACGGGGCAGGAGUUGAAGCAGGUGGGGACACAGAGAAGAGGCUGCGGUGCUCUGGGGACCAAGAGCAAGAGCUCCAGGGCGUGGAGGCCGAAGCCUCGGAGGAAGGCCUCAGGCUGCGUGUCGGGCAGCUCCACCACCAGGCACUGACACUGAAAUGUUGGCUCCGGGACCAGGGGUCUCUGCACCGGGAGCUGCAGGCGUCCCGGGAGGAGACCGGUCGCCUCCGCAAGGAGCUGCAGGACCAGCUCACAGAAUUCCAGAAAAGGCAGCACGAGGCGAGUUUGGCUGUGACACCUCUGAAGGCCAAGGUGGCAUCCCUGGUCCAGAAGUGCCUGGAGCGGAACAACCUGAUCACCCACCUGCUGCAGGAGCUGCACCAACGUGGGGCAGCCAGCCCGCUGCUCGCUGAGAGGACGCGGAGCAUGGUGGACGACGUGGCACUGGCCGAGUACGCAGCCACCUUCCUGACCACAGGCGUCCGAGAGGCCCAGUUCAGGGGUGGCCUCGCUGGAGGCACAAAGCCAGCCACACCCUCCUCCGUGCUUCUCCACACAGAACCCUGCAGGACUGCUCCAACGAGGCAGUCUCCCCUGCUCCUGCUGCUUCGUAACCAGCUCUAUGUCCCGGUGCCUGGCAUGGAGCGCACUCGGGGAAUGUUUGUUGGCUCAGAGGUGCAGUCUGAACCCAGAAGGGGAGAGUCUCCUCCCAAGCCCACCAAGCUCAGAGUCCCGGCAGGCUUCCGAGGCCAACUGGCCACCAUGGACAGCUUCACUGAAGAUAGGAAGGACACAAGGAGCACCCAGGCCUGGCACCCAGGCACAGAGUGCUCAGUAAAGGCUAGUCACUGGGUGGAAUGUGUGAUCAGGGGCUUUUAUUCACACACAGAAGCAGAAACCCUUUCAUUGUGCUCUCGCCCCCAGAUCCCUGUGCCUCCAGGACUGAAGCAGGAUCCCUGGAUGAACCCUGCUGCAGGUGCUGAGGAGCCAGGAUUCCUCGCACAACAUUGGCAAGGCACGGGCGGCAACCCCUGCCCUGCCCUCCACACCGAUGGCCUCCCACCACACUCUGAGCUCCGGAGCCCGGCGAGGAUCCUGGCUUUGCACAAAGAGCUCAGACAAAGCAUUUGCAGCAAUUCCCGGGUCAAUAAAUCACCGCUGGACUUACAAGUUUAA